AUGUCUUCGACGGCAUUCAUUUUGGUUGCGCAGACGGCCAACACCUACCGUGAUAUCUUCUCCUACUGCCUCCCUUCUUCCGCGAGAUACACCGGCCAUCUCACCUUCGGGUCCGCCGGAAUCUCUAGCUCCGUAAAAUACACGCCCUUCUCGUCUUUUCUAAGACACGCAUCCGCUUAUGGCCUCGAUAUCUUAGGCAUCACUGUCGGCAAUCAGAAGCUGGAUAUUCCUUUAACCGUGUUCUCGACUCCCGGCGCUAUAAUCGACUCCGGUACCGUCAUCACUCGCCUCCCUCCAAAAGCCUAUGAGGUGAUGCGGACCGUUUUUAAAAAACAAAUGUCGGCCUUAAAUUAUACCACUACGUCGCCGUACUUGCUCUUUGACACGUGCUACGACUUCACCGGCUUGAAGACGGUGGCAGUUCCGAAGAUUGCGUUCACCUUCGGUGGCGACACCGUCGUGGAGCUUGGUCCGAAAGGGUUGUUGUAUACGAUCAAGAUGUCGCAGGUUUGUUUGGCGUUUAUAGGGAAUAAAGACGACAAUGAUAUCGCUAUCUUUGGGAACUAUCAACAGAAGACAUUUCAAGUUGUGUACGAUAAAGCGGGCGGGUCGGGUUUGCUCCGAAUAGUUGUAGUUAGUGAGUAA